CGAACUCGCUCUCUCUCCCCCACCUCUCGACGCUUUCAAAGGAAGGCCGGGCAGGCGGGAGGGCGCGAAGCAGCAGCCGGUCCGAGGCUCAAAACAGCGGGAAAAGCCACCACCCCUUGCCCGACGCUGGGGAGACGGAGCGAGGUUAGCGAGCGGCUGCCUGCCCGCCCGUCCGUCCUUCCCGCCUUUGGAGACACCUGCCCAGCCACGCCGCUUCCGACACUCUCCUUCGGGAGCGUCCGCCGGGUGGUUGGCUUCGCGGCUGGCUCCCACCACCACCGCCAUCUCCCCUCCUCCCCGGCCGGCGAGUCCUCCUUUCCUGCGCUCGCAUGACAGAGGAUCCCUCGCUCUCUCUCCCUCCGCAAGGUCAACCCGCCUGGACGUCUGCGCUGCUGCUGCAGCGGCUGCCGAGGAGGAGGAGGAGGAGGCUGCAGCCGCUUUCCUCCCGCCUGCCGAGAGAUUGAUGCAUCCUUUCAGCCUGAGUGUACCUUAGAAAGAAUUUGUAACUGCCACUGCACGAAUUUGCCUAGAUUUUGUACCCUGUCACAUUUCCAUGGGGACCGUACAAGAUCCACUGAGAUCUACUAAGCUUUCAUUGGUCACAGCUGAAGAAUCCCCUAAACACCUGUGCAAGCAAGCAAGCAUAGAAAGCAACAGUAAUGGAUAUCCUUUUCCUGCCAAGGACCAGCCGUCUGGAGGAUGCUUGUUUGAAGUGAACUCUGGCAGAGGAGCCAAUGUUCCAAAGAGCGACUGGCAUUGUGAAUAUGACGCCAAGCAUCCAAAUUCACUUUCUCCUGGGUCUGUCAGCUCUUCCAAAGAAAGCAGCAUGGCAGCUCCAGAACCAGUAAGUUACGCUAAGCAGGAGGGCUUCAGAGCCCAAGUCCAAGCCCCAGCAUCUGAAGCCCACACUUCAGUGCAUGGUGAAGUUAAAGUGACUCUUACCCAAGAGGCUAACAAAAAUAUUCCAAGUGGUAGUGGACAAUCGUGUAAUAUAAUUGAUCAAGCAACCAUACUUCCUGGAGGAGACCUUGAUGUUGUGGAGAGCAAAUCCAAGGAUUAUUCCAUUCUUCCUUCCUCCCCUAUUUAUUCUGAUAUCCAGCAAGCAGCUUCUGCGGGGAAGGACAAUGUGUGUGAAGUUAUCGUCUCUGAAAACAGCCAAGUCUUGGUUUCCUCUGAUGAGAUGGGUCUCGAUCUGAAACCUCCUGUUUGCGUGGAAACAGAAUUGGGGAAUACAAAGAAUGCAACUUUCUGUCCUAAGACCAAGCCACAGACCGCAUCCGAAUGCAACCUUGAGAGCACUCCAGAGACAUCGUAUACUGGUAGGGAGGAGCCUACAGCAAAGGUAGUACCAAACCUGUCCAAAUUUAGAGACACAGGUACAAUGACAGUAACGCCUGAGAACAGAUCUGUACAGGCAGAGACGAUAAGCAGGACUCAUCAAGAUGCUGAGGUUCAAGCUGUAGCUAGUGUGGAAAGCAGGUCAGCUUCCACCAGCCCAAGUAUCUUGACGGCAUUCUUAAGAGAGAACAUGUCUCCUGAGGCAAAACAGGACCCAGAUCAGUUGCACGUCAUUUAUAUGGGAACUGGAGGGAAAGAGGAAUCUGAAAUAAUCGGUGACUUUGCAGCCACGGUCCAAACACCUUCAGCUAUUGGCAUUAUGCACAAAGUAGAUGUUCAAAUACCACCGACAACAGGAAAGCCUCUGGGAAGUCCUAAUGUCAGACUUCAGGAGAAUCUCACAAACACGCCCGAUCCAAUCUGUGCAGCUUUGUUGGAUAAGGCAGAAAGGAUGCAUUCACUGGCAUCUGAUAAUUCUCAAGAAACUUUGGCCAAGAGGACAGAGGUGCAAAUGACAGGCGUGGCUAAAAAUUGCGGCAACGUUCCGCAGCAGCUGUCCGACAGCUUGGUUUUGCAGAAAGCAAGACCUGUUUCCCAAAUUAGCGUCGGUUCCAGUAAUCAGCCUGUGUCUACCCAGCACCCUGCAAACUUUGAAACUAAACUACCUCCGUGUUUUUCAACCCCAGCCACCGACAGUAAAUAUCAACCCUCCGAUCCUUCUUCGUUCCAAGAAAAUCCUCCUCCUUUUUGUCCCAGGUCAUCGGAACAAGCCAAGGCUACAGUUAUCGGUAUGGAUACUGAGAGGGCCCAUCAGGAGAAACGGCUGCAGAUCAAAACUGUUGAUAAAGCUCUUGAGAAAGCUCUGCCCAGUUUUGCCAUUGCUGUAAAUCCAAAGAGAGAAGGAAAGGUCCAUCUCAUAGCUGAAGAACAAAAGAUCAAUAUGACAGGGUCUAUUAUUGACUCCCAAACAAUGAGUGUUCCAGCUGUAGCAGAAAUCAAGCAAGGUAUGGUUCCUGGGGAUACCAAGGCAGAAACUUUGGUCAGUCAGAAUCCAAUAUCUAAGUUGAGUAGAAGUUUUGGCGCUGCUGUAGGAAUCCAGAAGGGUCCGGUGCUUGAUGUACCAGCCGCUCCCACUUCUUCAAGUCCUACGCCACGUUUUGGUGAAAAGAAGAAAGGGCCCAAGGCUCUCACUGCUGAGGUAAACGCGCAUCUGAAGCAAUCCAAGCAUGUCAGGGAUGUUGUGUGGGAUGAACAGGGCAUGACCUGGGAGGUUUACGGAGCAUCUCUAGAUCCAGAAUCAUUGGGAAUCGCUAUCCAGAACCACUUGCAGAGGCAGAUUAGAGAGCACGAAAAACUGAUCAAGGCUCAAAGCCCCCAAGCCCGUAAAUCAAUAUCUUCAGAUACGUCUUCAAAUAAAAAAUUGAAAGGCAGGCAUCACAACGUUUUUCAUUCCAUGCUGCAGAAUUUUCGACGCCCAAAUUGCUGUGUUCGUCCUGCAGCUUCUUCUGUGUUGGACUGAAAAAGAAAACCAAAAAAAAAUAAUAAUCAAGAAACGAGGGUGGAAACGUAACACAUCCGUUUGUGUGCACAUGUGUACUUGUACAAGGAACUCUGUGAAUAUUUGAGAUUCUAAUACACUGAUACAGGGUUGAGGGGAGAGAAAAUUAUGACAGUAUAUUUCGUUCCACUAGUUAACAUGCCUUCAUCUGUCUAAUUUCUGCAAAUAACAUAUGAAACAUUCAAGAUCAUGCCAGAACUUCCCAGUCAUUUGCCAAAUAAAAUAGAAGUACUGGGUGAAGCACAAUUCAGAACUGUCAGGUUACUUAAGUAACUCACAGUAGCUUUAGAUAAAAAGAGAAGGGUGACUAAAUCUUAAAUAGAUUGUUUCAUGAGAUAAUGUGGAAAAACAUUCCCAAACUGGGGAGUGGAAAGAAGGAAAGUUGGGUUGGGUUCAAGCAGAAAGGUUAGAAGGAAUGGUGCUUUCUUAACUGUAUAAGCCCUUCAAAAUUGAGACUCGUCUACACAUUAGAUACAGGACCUGGUGCCCAAACCCUUCCAGCUGAGUUUUGCCCAUUGGCAGCCACUGCCAGCCUUGCCCCACUGAAGGUGCUUAAUCUCAAAUGAAAAGUGCAUAAAUUUCCAACCAUUCUGAUACUGCAAAGCCAGAUUUUGUCUUAAGCAUUUGGGACUUCUGUUUAUUCAUUUACAUGCUGAUUUUUGUUUUUUGUUUUGUGCCUUGUUUUCUCCAAUGAUUCUCAGAGAACAGAUGAAUACACAGAGAGAGAGAGAGAGAGCACUUCACAUAAUACUAGAGAAAAUAGGAUGGAUUGGAGAAAUUAAAGAUUGGUAGAAACUUUUGCAGUCUUUUCGUGUACACAUUUCCAGCCUAUUAAUGCUUGCUGCAUAGAUUUUUGUUUGCUUGCUUCCUGAUAUUGCCUGAUCGCUAGUGAAUUCUGGGAGCUGAAGUCCAUACAGUAUAAAAUUGCCAAGGUUGAGAACACUAAUCAAAGGGGAAAGCAACUUCAUUUAUUGAAAAACUUUCAAAUCACUGUAUAGUGAACCAGGAACCUACUGAUCACUGGUUUAAUUUCUCAUCUACAUUUCUUAUGACAUUGCUGCAUAUUCUAGCCUUUCCAAAUAUUUUGUGCCUUCCAGGUGUGUUGGAUUAGAAAUCCUGGAAGGCACAGCUAUGUCAAACUCGCGGCCCAGAUGCGUCACGCGCUGGCCAUGCCCACACUCAGUUUAGUGAAGGGAAAAUAGUUGUGAUAUGUCACGUGAUGACAUGUUGUUGUGAGUUUGACACCCCUGUUCUAGAACAAGGGCUUUCCAUGGUUGAGAAAGAAGAUAAGAAUUCCUUUUUCUAUAUUAUUUGUUAUCUUCUUUGGUGCAAAAGCACUAGUCUAUGACUAUUUUCAUGCUUGAAGCUAUGCUUUGACUCUUAUAUUGUUACUUCUAAGCUCCAGUACUCCAGUUAACAUAGUAACAGAGUUGGAAAGGGACCUUGGAGAUCUUCUAGUCCAUGGGUCUCAAACUUGUGUGUCGCAUUCAGCCAACAGGCCGCCAGUUUGACACCCCUGUUCUAGUCCAACCUCCUGCUCAAGCAGGAAAACCUAUACCAUUUCAGACAAAUGGUUGUCCAUCUUAAAAACCUCCACUGUUGAAGCACCCACAACUUCUGGAGAUGAGUCAUUCCAUUGAUUAAUUGUUCUAACUGUCAGGAAAUGUAUCCUUGGUUCUAGGUUGGUUCUUUCCAGGGGUGAAAUGCUCCCACCGGAUUGCUUGAUCCGGUAGCGAUGGGGGUGGAUAAUUCGGAGAACCGGCAGCAAAAAUCCCUGCCCUCCCUCACUGCCCACGCCUCGCUGUUCCUCUUCUCUGUCCCUGAAGCUCUCGGUGGUGAUAUAGCUGCAAACGGCCUUAAAUGACUGCUGCGGUGCUUCAAAGGGCCACGCUAUAGCUGAUCACUGCUGUAGGCAGCUAGUAGACUGGUGUCUCUAUUUUUAAAGAAGAUAGAUCAGUGCGCUCCCAAGUUUUGUAUACUUUAUUAUUUUUAUUAUUAUUGGCCAUGCCCAUUCAGCCACCAGACCACCAAGCCACGCCCACCAGGUCACCUAACCACCAAGCAACGCCCACCAAUUAAGCCACACCCACAGAACCAUUAGGGAAAAUUUUUAGAUUUCACCCCGGUUCUCUCCUUGAUUAGUUUCCAUCCAUUGCUUCUUGUCUUGCCUUCAGAUGCUUUGGAGGAAAGACACUUUAGAUAUUAGUUGCUUUUUUCCCCCAGCAUAGUAUUCCUCUGUAGAUGUUUCUAGAGUCAUCUAUGAAUAAACAACUGUUUCUAGCUUUGGUUCUAAGAUGAUCACAUGCAUGUGUCACUAAGAAUGUGAGAUGCAUAUGCCCAUUUAUAUAUACAGAUGCUGAUAUAGAAAUAGUUGCUGUAACUGAAAGAGAAGUGUAAUGCAGUUCAGCAGAAUGGAGAAAGGUUGUGAUCAUAUGACCUUGGAGCAUAUUUCACUUAUUGUCUGAAUUUUAAACUGCUGAUAAGUAAAUCAACCCAACUAUGUUCUUCCUUCCUGAUUGUUGGUUUUUAAAUCUUUAAAUCGGAUUAAGUGGCAGUGUUUCUCAACCUUGGCAACUUUAAAUUGUGUGGACUUCAACUCCCAGAAUUCCUCAGCAUGUUUGGGGAACAGGGUUGGCUGGAGAAUUCUGGGAGUUGAAGUCCACACAUCUUAAAGAUGCCACGGUUGAGAAAUUUGUGUGCUCAGAAAAUUAUUUCUAAAAAUAUAAAUAUGAUGAUAGGAUAAUGCAGAUGUGCUUGGAAUUUAUUUAGCAAAACAUGGAACAAAAUUGUAGAAUUUUCUCUGCAAAUUGAUUAAACCCAAGAAAGUUCCUUUGUUAACUAUGACUUGUUCAGUAAAUUAUGAUUAACAGUAUAUUGGGAUGAAUGCAAGCAACAUUAUAACUUCAUACAAUGCAUAAUCUAGCCCAGUGAACUUAAAUGAGUUGAAUCCCAGAAAAGGCAAUGACAUUACGGCAACCUAAAUCUCAGGGAUUUUCAUGAUUUUUUUGUGGUUCUGCCUAAUGUUAUUGUGAAAGGUUAUGCUUCUAAUAAGACCAUUUGGGAGGGGGGAAGGCAAUACCGAUAGCAAUCAUUCAUUCUGCCAGCUUUAAUCAAUUCCAUAUUCCAUUGCUUUCAGUGGGAAAUAAGCAUGUAUAUUACCCAUUUCUAUUGAAAUCAAAUACUAAAAAUGAUUUCUUUGGACUGGACUGAACCAUCACAUGAAUGUAAAAAAAAUGUGUUCCCCCAUUAUGGAAAAAUAACUCUAAUUUGUGAUCAUUUGUGAUUAUCAUAUUUAUGGGCUCCCAACCAUCUUCAUUAGAGCUUUUGCAAUGUAGAUCUUCUCAGGCCUUGCUUUAUUGUUUGCUUUGCAGCAAAAUCGGCUCUUCUGGCAGUUCAACACACACAAUCACUACGGCAGGAAAUUUCUUGAAAGGCAUUCCAGUUUUUCAAUCUUUCCUUGAACACUGUGCUACACUGCAAACCCAAACAAAAACAGCUCUGUUGCAUUAUUUAAUCAAAGAACUGAGCUUUCAACCCUUGUAUUUCGCAGAGUUAUUGACCGCCUUUUGACAGCAGCAUGGUGGCCUAGAGGUGGACCUCUUGCUUCACAAUCAGGAGGCUGUGAGUUCAAUCCUAGAUAGCAGCAGAUAUUUCUCUCUCUGGGCUCAAAUGUAAAUAUCUGCUGUGAACUCUGCAUAGGAGUCAGGAAGGGCAUCCGGCCAGUAAAUGCUCAGUCCAUUCAGUCGCCCUAAAUUCACCCUGAUGCAAGGGAUUACUAGGUUGUUAAAAACAAUUGCCUUUUGAGAAAAUUUGUGGGGGUCUAACUUUUGACUUCAGUUGUUGUGGCUCUUGGCUAUCCAUCUAUACUGAAUUAUAUGGACAGAGCUAAAAAAGAAAAAGAGAUUAAAGGAAAUGGAUAUAUAAAUUCCUAGGAAAAAAGAUGAGCUUCUUCCCACCUUCCUGAGAUUCAGUCCUAUUAGCAAUAGCACUUAGACUUAUAUGCCACUUCACAGUGCUUUCCAGCCCUCUCUAAGCGGUUUACAGAGUCAGCAUAUUGCUUUCAACAAUCUGGGUCCUCAUUUUACCCACCUCGGAAGGAUGGAAGACUGAGUGAACCUUGAGCCUGGGGAGAUUUGAACUGCCAAAUUGCCAGCAGUCAGCAGAAGUAGCCUGCAGUACUGCAUUCUAACCACUGCGCCACUGUGGCUCAUAUUGAACUUGAUAGGACUUAUUUUUGAAUAGAUGCCUACAAGAUUCUCAUGCUAACUUGGAAUCGUAUAUUUGGAACACAUUGUAUUAGGAAACAAUUUAUUAUAAUAUACACAAAGCACAUAUAAAGAUCAGUGUCAAGCUAAUAAAAUCCUAUAUCCUUAAAUGAGUUAGAAACCACGAAUCGGAAAUGAAGGUCUCUGUAUUAUAUUUUUAUCUGAUCCUCUAUGCAAAUAUAAGAAGAUUCAGUAAUUGAUUAACAGGUUUACAUGUAGAAAUCACAGCGUUUUGUCAAGUAUCAGCUGAAAUACUAGGUAGCAGAUUAGGGAAAAUUCCACGCAAAAUAGCUGGAUGAUCCAAUUUGAACUAGAGCAGACCAUGUCAGUCUAGAUCGGUGUUUCUCAACUUUGGAUACUUCUUUAAGUCUGGACUUCAGCUUCAAGAAUUUCCCAGCCAGUAUGGCUGUCUGGGGAAUUCUGGGAGCUGAAGUCCACACAUCUUCAAGCAGCCAAGGUUGAGAAAAAUUGAUCAGGAUAUAUAUAUAAUCUCAAAAAGUACCAUAAAAUGGCGUCCAGUCAUAUUGAGCUGCCAUGAAUCAUUAAUACAACAAUUCUAUAUGGUAAUUAUUCUAAUCAUAUAGAAAUUAUGGUUGGUAAUAUAUUAUGGAAAAGAACAUGAUUGUGGGCUGUGCUGUAUAUUACCUCUAGCAUUGAAGACAAUUCCCUAGUUUUUGGAAAAAGAAGGCCAGGAUGCAAACACAAAGAUAAGUCACUCAUGUUCCCAGCAGAACUGAGAUUCUUAAAGCUAUAAUCCUGUCACUUCUGUUCGUUCAUUCUACUUAAAUUUGAACUGCUUUUAUGUGCUUAAUAACUAAAGAGGUUUUUGAAAAAUAGAGCCAUUUUAAUAAACUUCAUGUAAAUCAAUGUUAUUCUUUAGGUGAACCAGAUUUUUUUUAGGAUUCUUUUGUAAAGAAGGAAUUAUCUGGAAGGGUUCUCUUUGAAAGCCACAGAGGGAACUUUUACAACUUUGUUGUAUUGUAAUUUGAAGAUUAUGCACUAACAAGUUUAUUGAAAUCAUUUGAGUUGGCCCCUAAACUGAGAAAAGGAUUCCUAAUUCCACUGGGUUUUUUUUUCCCCUGCUGAUCCCGAUUCAGUUUAACAGCAGACAUGCAAUGGGAUCCUUUAGGUAUAAAACAGGGGCCUCCAACCUUAGCAACUUUAAGACUUGUGGACUUCAACUCCCAAAAUUCCUCUGCCAGCUUUGCUGGCUGAGGAAUUCUGGGAGUUGAAGUCCACAAGUCUUAAAGUUGCCAAGGUUGGAGACCCCUGGUAUAAAAGGUAAAGAUUUCCCUGUCAGUCAUGUCUGACUCUAGGGCACGGUGCUCAUAUCUGUUUCUUGGCCAAGGGAACCAGCAUUACCAAACACAAUUUCCAUGGUUGUGGCCAGCAUGGCUAUACACCAAAGGCGCACAGAACAUUGUUACCUCCCCACCAAAGUGGUACCUAUUUAUCUACUCAUAUUUGCAUGCUUUCGAACUGCUGGGUGGACAGGAGCUGGAGCAAGUAACGUGAGCUCACCCCAUUGCAGGGAGCUUGGAUCUUGAACCCGAGCUGUCAGCUCUCCAGCUGAGAAGCUCAGCGUCUUUAAACUGAGCCAUUGCGCCCCUCCUUUAGGUAUGUCAUAAAUGGUGAAUUUUCUGUCUGGAAAAGGAAACCAUUCUUAAUUAUGAAGGAUAAUUAUGUUCUAUUAGAUUCUCAGCAUGUCAAGUUAAUGGGCACUUGGGCAAAAUAGCCACAGGGCCUCUCACAUUUUAACUAUUAACACUGCCAGUUUCUAUUCCAUUCUGUCCCUAAUUUUCUUCCCAAAAUCUUUUUUUUAACUUGUAAACAUAUUUUUCUGUAGAACAAUACUCACAACCAGAUUUUUCAUUUCUCCAGGAAAUACCUUAAAAGAAACAGCUUCAAAGAAAAAUGUAUGGGUAUGAUUCCAUUUGGGACUCCUUAAAGUAGUUUAUAUACAAUUACUAUAAGCCAGGG